AUGGCGGACACGACACGGUGGAACGACCUGACCGUGUGGGAAACCUCAGGCUUUCUACGGUUCUUACACGAGCACCACAUCGAUGUGAACGACCUGUUGGAGUCUUCAAGCUAUGAAGAAGAAGCGCGACGUUUUGUCAGACUUAAACAUACAGGAAUCAACAAUGACGGUAUAAAGGAUUCUGUGGACACUCUACUGCAUUCGAUCGCUGCUUACGUUCUGGCCCGAGAAACAGCAGAAGGUGGUAAUGACUCUAGCCAAGGAGUCAUGCCACAAGCUGUCAAGUGGCUCCCUGGUUUCUAUUCGUUACCACUAUCCGUCCCUAUAUCUCAGGUUGGUCUCUACCAAGACGGACGAAUGUACGGCAUCGACGUCUCUUCGGGAUAUGCAGUGUCGUUGUUGGAUAUCCAGCCAGGAGAGCACGUGCUAGACCUGUGUUGUGCUCCUGGAGCCAAGUUGACCAUGAUCGCCGAUCUCCUGCGGCUUCAAGGCAGUGUCACAGGAGUCGACUACUCUCGCUCAAGAUUGAGUGCUUGUAGACGAUUAGUGCACAAAUACCAGCUCGUUAGAGUCGAGGUGGAGGCUGCAGACGUCGCGUGGAGAUGCAGACUCUUCCAUGCAGAUGGAAGGGUAUUUAACAUUGGACCAAAGACAGAGUGUGGCGGUACGAAUGGUUUGGAGGUGUUGCUGGAUACACACGAGGUUGCGGCGAGGGCGCCGAAAGACCGAAAGCGAAAGCGGAAGAACAAGAGCGCUCGAGCGCGAGACGCCAAGCAACAGCACGUGAUGAAGGUCGACCCGGCUCUUUACGACAAAGUGUUGGUAGAUGCAGAGUGCACGCACGAUGGCUCGAUCCGCCAUCUACAGCGUCUAAAUACUGCGGUCAAGUGGGAAACAUACGUGCACGACCAUUUAAACUCAAGUGAGGUAGAUCGGAUCCUCACACUGCAACAUGACCUCAUCCGGAGUGGCUUCAACUUAUUGCGUCCAGGAGGUACUAUGAUUUAUAGUACCUGCAGUUUAUCCACGAAGCAGAAUGAAGACAUUGUGUCAAGGUUCCUUGCAGACGAAACGCUUGCUAAGCUUGACCCAAUCGCGCGAGGCGAAGAUGUUCCCUGUCAACAAGGCAAACUUCGAGGCACUUUACGAUUCACACCGUCGCACAACACGAGUGGGCUCUUUAUCGCCCGCAUUCGCAAGAUAUCAACUGAGUUACCAGUCAUAACCAAACGAGGGUAA